AUGUCUCAGACGGCGGAGGACAAAAAAGCAUUUUCGGCCAUUAUAGCACGUGACAGUGAAUGCAAGGCUUGUUUUGAGUGCGGCGCACCAAAUCCGCAGUGGUGCGAUGUGAACCACGGCGUUUUUAUCUGCCUCGACUGUAGUGGCGUCCACAGGAGUCUCGGUGUCCAUCUUUCGUUUGUGCGGAGUUCCACAUUGGACGGCUGGACCAACUGGCGGCCAGAGAAGUUGCGGCAGAUGCAGUUGGGUGGUAACCGUCGUGCCCGCGAGUACUUUGAGCGGAACAAUGUUCCUCGUGCCCCGAUUGAGGCACGUUAUAAGUCCCUGGGUGCACUGCGGUAUUCUGCCAUGUUAGAGGCCGAGGCUCUCGGCAAUCCGUUUGACGAGCAGUCGUGGACACCGCCGGAGUGGCACGUGCGUCUACUGCAGCAGGACUCGACGGAAACGGGCGCCACGCCCCUGCAGGCUCCGCAGCAGCAUCGCCCAUUCAGUGGCAUGGGGUCGGAUGGAAGACAGUGGAGUGACAGUAGUGGCGGCGGUGGCAAGGAUUGGUACAACUCGCUGGCCGGCGGGUGGGCGACACUCUCAAAGAAGGCAACAGAGAUUGCAGGGAACGCGGGUACCCAGGCGCGUACCCUCAUGCGCGAGGCAGACUUGGGAGAUGUGAAGACAAAAUUCUCCUCUGGGUGGUGCACAGUGUCAGGCUACGCCAACCAGCUGUCCACAAAAAUAACAAAAAUUGCGGCGGGUGAGGCUGAUGACGAUGGCCUGGCUGGAAUGACACUUAAGGCGAGACUUGCAGGGCAAGAGGGUCAAAAUGGCUCUUCCUCACCAAGUGGAAAGUACGAGCAUAUAGAGCAUAACAUAGACCCGUCAACCUCAAGUGCUUCUCCUGCAUCUCAGAAACUCAGAGCCCGUCAAGGGGGAAAGCAGCAAUAA